AUAAGUGUUGUUUGGUGUUUCGCAGGCAACCUAUCGUCCUUUCCUGCGACAGAUCCUGGAGGAAGUCUUCCACCCUGACAGAGUUGAAUGUCCCGACAUCGAGCACAUGUCUGGAGGCCUCACUGACCUGCUUAAGACUGGCUUCAGCAUGUUCAUGAAGGUGAGUCGCCCACAUCCCAGCGACAACCCUCUGCUCUUCCUCUUCCUGGUUGGUGGGGUCACGCCCUCAGAGCUUCGUCUCAUCAAAGAGAUGGUUACGACACAUAAACCAGGGACCCAGGUGCUGGUUUUGUCCACCAGAUUACUGAGGCCGACGGAUAUCCCCGAGCUGCUCUUCACCACCCAAAGACUGUUGCCUGAUAUCGGUGUCUAAAAGGGCCGUCACGUGGAAACGCACGAAUGCACACGUGGAAGGACACAUGCACCGCAAACGUCACAGCGCCUCGUCAGGUGUGAGUCUGGUAAUCAGAGUCACUGUCAAAAGCUGCGAAAUGAAAAAGAAGGACGUGUUUCAGAAAUUAAGCAACAUUCCUGUUGUGUUCAUGUCUAAUUUAAUUCUGAGGGGAACUGUUAUUAUGUAAAAGUAGCUGUUGGGUUUAUUUUUCUUGAAGACAGAACAGAAAAUGUCUGAGCGAGAGAUGUGAAACGACAUCAAAUGAUAAUAUGUAACAAUAAAAUCUUUUUAAACA